CAUUCGCAAAAGCUCCACCGUCGCGAACAGUUGCCUUCGUUCUGGCCCCAGCUCUGUCCGUAUCAUUCGCAGCGAGUCCUUCGAUCGAUCCACCGCUCAUUGACCUCCACUUUAAAUUAAACCGUUUUAAAUUGCCACAAAACGCUCAUAUUUUGAGUGAUUUACUGGCCGAUUUGCAUACUUUUGGCUGGAAAAUGUUUAUAAUUUUGGAUAUGGAUAUAAACCAGAAGAGCGUUAUGCUCCAGAGGCGAUGAUCUAUAUGGGUGCUGUGUGUGUUUGUUGUUGCUGCUGCUGUGACUUUGGCUGCUGUUUAAUUGUGAGCUGGCAUUUAAAUAAAAAUAAGUGCGUCUAAAUGUGAAAACAAAAGGCUGGCAUUAUACAUAUAUUACUUUGGCAGACAACGCCUCGAUUGUUCUCAGUUAAUAAUAAAUCCAUUUCAAGCACCAUUUCGCUUUAUCUCAAGUGCCGUUCGCCGUACAUAAGGAAGAACUUAGGCAACGAACUAAAAGUAGAAAUAAAAUGAAUACUAAAAAAAAGUAAAGGAAAAGCAAAUACGCUGGAGUGGGCCACAACAAAUGACUCGUAAUGCAAUAUCUGGGCAAUUAAUUAGUGCAUAAACAGUUAAAUUAACUGGCGUAAAAGUCGGAGUUACUACUGCCUUGGUUUUUCUCUUCUCCACUUGCCAAAAAGAAAUCGCACACCAGCUUUUCCUCCCCCGAUUUUCGCGAAAAUGUAACUGCCAGCCAGACGCUUGCCUGAAACCGCUGCCACAAAUUAUGACGCAAAGUACGAAAAUCGGUCUGCCAGCUGAGGAAUAAUAUAUUUGCAAUUUAUGCAACAUUCGCGUCGCGUGGUUGUUGCACCAACAAAGAGCGAUUAGUGUACUCGAAGGCAUCGCAAUCUAAAGCUUAUAAUCGUUCCAAAAAAGGCCUCAUUAACGCAUCGUUAUGGCCCAGGCCAAUCAGGGCUCCAAUCAGGGUUGUCUCCGACGUUGUCUGGCUUUAAUUGUUUUGACCACCUUGUGGCAGCUAAUCGCCUCUGUGGAUGCCUCUUCUCACCCACCCAAGUCUGUCAACAUCGAGCUGAGACGCAAGAGGAGCUUGCAAUGGAAUGGCAUUGAGCUGGACGAGAGUUCUCUGGUGGAGCAUCUGAUGGAGCACGAGAAGGCCCUGAUCUUUGGCUCACGAUUGGGAAAAGAGGCACCCGAAUUCAAACUCGUACACGUGGCACAGGGGGAGGAGAUCCAUGCAGUUAGCCCGGAGGACGAGGCGGCGGAGCAGCCAAGACGUCAGCGGCGCAGCUUGAGAGCCCAAGAUGACGUCCAGCAGGAGGCCUCGGUGGCCACCACCGAGGGGGUGAUAGCAGAGACCGAGGUGGAGGUGGAGGCGAGGCUGCAGCUGCAACAGUCGCCGCAGCUGAUCGACGACGCCUUCAUCUUUAUUCGCCGCACCGAAAAUGGAACGCAAUUUGUGGAGCACUCGCCGCAGCUGCUGAAGCGCCUGGAGCGUUGCUUCUACCGGAGUCCAGGGGCUGCUCUCGAUCUCUGCGAGAAUGGCAGUGUGCGGGGCGUUUUCCAGCAGAACGAUAGCGACUUUGUAAUCCACCCGCUCCCCGCCAGAUUCGGCGGCGGGACGCAUGUGCUCUACCAGGCGCGAGUGGACAAGAACAACUACAGUGGAGCCUCGGAACCGUUAGACAGCCAACUGCAGUUCGAGCCAGAUGAGGAGGAGUUCAACGAACCGAGACGACGGCUUCGGGCCCAGUCCCCGGCCCAGUCCCCUCUGAGAUUGCGCUACCAGCCCCGACAUCAUCAUCACCAUCAUGUUCACAGCACUCAUCCGCAUCGCAGAAGGCGCAGGUUCAUCAGCAGCGCUUCCAGAUCCCGCUGGUCGGAGAUCCCGGAGGAGCUCUUCAUCGAAACGGCCAUCUUCGUGGACAGCGAUCUGUUCGCCCACAUGCAGCGUAACUUUCCCACCAACACCGAGGGCAAGCUUAUCAGCUUCGUGAUGGCCAUGAUCAAUGGCGUCCAGCUGCUGUACCACCACCACACCCUGGGUCGCCGCAUCAACUUUGUGCUAAAGCGCCUGGAGAUCUGGAAGUCGUCGGAGCCGGCGGGCUUGUCCCGGUCGGUGGACGUAGAUCGAUACCUAAACAGCUUCUGCAACUGGCAGGAGAAACUAAACCCCUUCUCCGACGACGAUCCGUUGCACUAUGAUCACGCCCUGAUCCUGACGGGCCUGGACCUGGUGGCAUUCCCCAAGCCGCCGGCCAAGCCCAACAGCCAGGUGGUGGGCCUGGCCACGGUCGGGGGCAUGUGCACCUCCACCUUCUCCUGCACCAUAAACGAGGCCAAGCACUUUGAGAGCGUCUUUGUGGUCGCCCACGAGAUUGGACACAAUUUGGGAAUGCGUCACGAUGCCGAGGAGAUUAGCUGCGAUCCCACCAUGCACAUAAUGUCUCCUAAACUAGGCAGCGGCAAGGUGACAUGGUCCAAGUGCUCUCGCACCUUCCUAGAGGACUUCCUGGCGGAUCCCCAAGCGGAAUGCCUCUUCGAUCGGGGACAGUUUGUGGGAAACCUGGAUCACUCGGCUGGCGGAAUACUUCCGGGGCAGCGUUUCGAUGCCAAUCAGCAGUGCAUGCUCCGCUUUGGAAAGAACUUCAUGAGGGACCCCUCCCAGAGCCAGACUGAGAUUUGUCGGGACCUACACUGUCGGCAGGACGGAUCGCCCUGGACCUCGCAUCCGCCUCUGGAGGGCACCGAGUGCGGGGAUAACAUGUGGUGCCGCGGUGGAUCUUGUGAGACUCGCUCCUCCCAGAAGGCCAGCUUCUACAGCCACAAGCCCUGGCCGCAGGGAAGCGUUACCCACGAGAAGUACACCUCGAGACCCAACAUGAUACCCUCCUUGCUGCACGAUUACAAUCCGGCGGGCAACGAGCUGCCCGGAACCACAUCGAAUUGGGGCGAAUGGGGUGAGCCGAGUGCCUGUGAGUCGGGCUGCUUGUACGGAGCUUCUCGUCGCCUCCUGGAGGGCAGCACAGGGUUGAGGACUUUCAACAGGAGCUGUCUGAACUACCGGAACCGUUGCAUGGGUAGGGAUCGUCGCUUCGAGACCUGCACAACCCACCAGUGCCACAAGGUGGUGGUGCAGACGGUCGAAGACUUUGCCACCAAUGUCUGCAUGCGAGCGGGUCUUCUCGACAAGGAGCUGACUGGCGAGGGCCUUCAGCUGAGCAGCACGUCGGACACCGCCUGCAUGGUCUUCUGCCGCACGAAGAACAACGGCACCAAGUCUCGACGCUGGACCUUCCCCGACGGCACCACCUGUCGCUCCAAGAAUCACAAUCCGGAGGACAUAACUUACUGCAUUGCUGGGCGCUGCGAACGCUUCUCCUGCGACAACUCAACCUCGAACUUCUUCCGGAUGGACCAUGGCUUUUGCCGGGAGCGAUCCCUCCGGCCGACGAGGGACUCAGCGGACCAGGAAAGCAGACAGGAGACCACCAGCAAGCGCUAUGCGGAGCGACAGGAGGGGAUUACGCAAAGAAGUCCUCAUGAAAAUGAGGUCUCGAAGCGUUUCCAUCCCCAAAAUAAUCACAUAGGCAGUGGAGUGCCUCCUUAUAAACGGAGAUCUUAUCCAAAACAGCAUAUUCCGGAGCAUAUUCCAGCCCGUCCUCCGCCGCCAGCCUCCGCCUCGCUUAUAGCCCUGGAUCGCCGCUCCUCGGGGGAGUCAUCCGAGUGGGAGGUGCAUCCGGGCUGUCAUUCCAACUGCAUGACCGAUUCCAAGGGCGUCCAGGGGGUCACCUCGCGGCGCACUGGAGCGGAGAGCAUCCAGCUCUGCUCACGUCCGGUUCAUCCCUGCGAGCGCCUGCUAACGGCUGCGGAGUUCGCGGAGCAGACCUGCGCCCGAUAUCGCCAAAAGGUGCGAGGACUAUCUGGCCACGGGGCCCAAAUCUCCGCCAGCAUCGAUGAGCCUGAUCGCAGCUGCCGGGUGGGCUGUCAGGACGAGCGGAUCAAGUACAGGUACUACCUGGUGAACGGUCGGAACGGACACUUUCCGCCCGGCACCCGCUGCUCUCCGGUGGGGAAGCGCUACUGCGUCUACGGCAAGUGCCUGGAGUUCGGCGAUGACGACCUGCCCCUGGACAAGACCCACAUCAGCUUGGGCCAGUUGAGGAUUGGCUUUCCGCGCCGGAAAAGGAGCUUGCCAGAGGACCUUGGUCAACUACAUUUUAAUAUAUCCUCCGAAUACAUCGAAUUCACCCAACCCAUUCACGUCUCCGCAGACGAACUGAACAGCAACAGCCAAUAGCCCAGGCUCCAAGGCCGCACUUCCCUUAGUCGACUAAGUUCUAAGUUUAGUUUAAGUAAUUAAGGCUGCCCUGAGAGAAAAAAUGCUGCCUGAGAAGUAAAUAAAUUUAAAUAUUAUAAAUGUGAGGCUCUUAGAAGAGUCCUAAAUCAGAAAUCAAAA